AAGUCCACUCGAAGAGCCGUUCAAUUUCCUUCUUGGUGCCUUCAUUUUCAAGGAAGAAGGAAAAAUCCAGCUCAACGUCAACAUCCUUUGGAAAAUGCCGUACUAAUCGGUCUACAGCGACUCCAUUGAACACAUAACAGUAUGUUCUUUUACUUCUAUCAGUAUUUUAUUUGAAACUGAUACUCAUGGCCGCCCCAUCGAUAUGGACUCUUUCCUUCCAGUAUUGCUGGCCUUUAACUUAGUCUUGUAUCUCUUCAGCUAUGUAUCUGCCACUGAUUCCUUAACUGCUCAAAACCCACAUCUCAGAGAUGGAUUUAGUCUGGUCUCCAGUAAUGGAAACUUCGAAUUGGGUUUCUUCAGUCCUGGUCUUUCCAGAGACCGUUACUUGGGAAUUUGGUUCAAGAAUCGGCGAGGUCCGACCUCUGUUUGGGUUGCUAACAGGGAAAACCCCAUUAAUGGCUCGUCUGGUGUAUUGGUGAUGAACAUUACAACAGGAAAUCUUACACUCUAUAGCCAUAAUAACACGGCCGUUGUUUGGUCUGCCAGGUUACUGAGAAAAGUCCCCAAUGGGGUUUUGCAGCUAUUGGACAAUGGAAAUCUUGUGCUGAGAGAUGGGGAAGAUGAAAAUCCCCAAAACUACUCCUGGCAAAGUUUUGAUUACCCUACUGACACUCUCUUGCCUGGAAUGAAGCUGGGUUGGGACUUGAGAAAUAACAUAAACAGAAGAUUAGAUGCUUGGAAGAAUCCCAAUGACCCAUCCCCUGGAAACCUCAGUUGGAGGAUGGAGCUUCAUGAAUAUCCUGAGUCUGUCAUGUGGAAAGGUUCCCAAGAAUACUUCAGGCAUGGCCCAUGGAAUGGUGUGAGAGUCACUAGUAGACCACUGGGUAUUGCACCAAUUCUGAACUUUAACUUUGUUUCAAAUGAAGAUGAAGUUUACUACCAAUACUCUGUUGUUAAUAAGUCUCAUACAGUGAUGGUGGUGAUGAACCAAUCCAAUUACCUGCGCAUAAUGUACUUAUGGUCCACAGCUGAAAGACAGUGGAGACUUUACACAUCAUUACCAAGAGAUUUUUGUGACAAUUAUGCCCUGUGUGGUCCUUAUGGGUAUUGUGAUAUAAGGGUAACUCCAUCUUGUAAAUGUCUAGAAGGGUUUAAGCCAAGAUCACCUGAUAGUUGGGCGGCGGGGGAAUUUGCGGACGGUUGUGAACGAAACAAACUGAUGAACUGUGGUGAUGAAGUUGGGUUUGCACAGCUCAACCAGCUGAAAUUGCCAGACACAAAACAUACUUGGGUCAACAAAAGCAUGAAUCUUGAAGAGUGCAGGCAAAAAUGCUUGAGAAAUUGCUCUUGUAUGGCUUAUGCAAAUACAAAUAUCAGUGGGAGUGGUAGUGGCUGUGCCUUGUGGAUUGGUGAUCUAAUUGACUUGAAAUUGAUCCCGGACGCAGGACAGGAUUUGUAUGUUAGAAUGCUAGCAUCAGAAUUAGUCAAGCGUAGUGAGGCACCCAAAACUGGAAGAUUGAACCGUAAGGUGAAGAUUUCUUUGGUUGUGAUUGUUGCCAGUUUAAGUUUGGCUACCCUCUUCAUAUGCUUAUACAUUUUCAAAAGGAGAUCAGCCGUCAAAGAUGACCAUGAGAAAGUAGAAGCUCAAGACCUGGAGCUUCCCAUGUUUGAUCUAUCCUUGAUAAAUAGUGCCACAAAUAACUUCUCGAUUGAUAAUAAGUUAGGAGAAGGUGGCUUUGGGCCAGUAUAUAAGGGCAAGCUUACAAAUGGACAAGAUGUUGCAGUGAAGAGACUUUCACGGAGUUCUGGACAGGGAAUGAACGAGUUUAAGAAUGAAGUAAUCCUGAUUGCAAAACUUCAACAUCGAAAUCUUGUAAAGCUUCUUGGUUGCUGCAUUCAAGGAGAAGAGAAAAUGUUAGUUUAUGAGUAUAUGCCAAACAAAAGUUUGGACUUCUUUAUUUUUGAUCGAACACAACGUCAAUUAUUAGACUGGUCAAAACGAUACCACAUUAUUUGUGGAAUUGCUAGAGGAUUCAUGUAUCUUCAUCAAGAUUCUCGAUUGAGGAUUAUACAUAGAGAUUUAAAAGCAAGUAAUGUUUUACUUGAUAUGAAUAUGAAUCCAAAAAUCUCUGAUUUUGGUCUUGCUAAAACUUGCGGUGGAGAUCAAACUGAAGGACGAACGAUAAAAGUGGUCGGAACUUAUGGAUAUAUGGCACCUGAAUAUGCUUUUGAUGGACGAUUUUCAGUAAAAUCUGAUGCUUUUAGUUAUGGCAUUUUGUUGUUGGAGAUCAUUAGUGGGAAAAGAAGUAGAAGUUUCUGCCACUUGAAUGACCAAAAUCUUAUUGCAUAUGCCUGGCGGCUGUGGAAAGAAGGAAAUCCAGAGGAACUGAUUGACGACACCAUUCGAGAAACGUGCACCAUUUCAGAGGUAUUGAGAUGUAUCAAUAUCAGUUUGUUGUGUGUUCAACAACAUCCUAAUGAUCGACCCACAAUGUCAUCGGUGGUUAUGAUGUUAGGCUGUGAAAUUCCUUUGUCGCAACCAAAACAACCCGGAUUUUUCAUAGAAAAUGAAGCCAUUGCAAUGAAAAGUGGCUCAAGUAAAGACAAAUCCUCUUCAACUAAUGAAUUAACUAUUACACUCCCAGAUCCAAGGUAAGUUUAGUUUAGAGCACACCUAAGAACCUUGCUUGAUCAAUGUUAGCUUGGAUAAGUGGUAUUCAAAGGCUAGAGUUUGGUUCUAUUAUCUGGAGUGCAUAUUAUCUCACAUUUGGAACAAUCCCUUUGAUUUCCCCUUAAAUUAUCUUUGUUCAUUAGUUUUUCUAGGAGUUUAUCGGACUAUGUUAACAUGAAUAUAUUAUUCUUCACCAUUACUGUCUUCAAAUUUUCUUUUAAUAUUACAUGACAAGUUCAUCGUAGA